AUGGCGGACGGUACGAUUAAUGAAAGUGAUUUCUCUGAGCAACAUAAGAUUGAAAACGACGAGGAAACCGAGAAGCCGAAUGCUGCCAUCGAACACUUUGACAGCAAUCAAGAAGCCGUCAAGACGAAGCUGAAUGAGUUGCUAAGAGAGAUCGAUGACGAUCUUGAAGUUGAAGAAACUGGACAGAAAAUGUACGAAGUGAUGAAUGAUAGCGAAAUGGAAGAUGAUGUACAGAAGCAUUUGAAUCAGUGUUGGCUUGAUCAUCACUUGUAUCUGUUGCAAUUGUCAUCCGAUGGUAGCGAUCUUGAUCUUGGAAACUCUGAGAAUGACGAGGAUUUGAUGAUAAAGAAACAGUCCGAUCAAGAAAAUCAAGGAACAACAGCGAACGCUGAAUUCACAGAUCAAGAUCGCAAUGACAAAGCUGAAGAUGAAAUUACCGCCAAAAUUUCAGAAGUCAGUUCUCUUGUUCAAGAUAAGAGUGAAAAGAACAAGGAGGAAAACGAGAAACUAACGGCUGCGAUUCAACAAUUCGACAGCGAUCAAGAAUCCUUCAAGAAGAAGCUGAAUGAGUUGUCAACUGAGUUCGAUGACAAUCUCAAACACGUUGAUCUUGAGGUUGAAGAAACCGAGCAGAAAAUGACCGGAAUGUUUAACGAAAGCAAAAUGGCAGAUGAUGUGGAGAAGCAUUUGGAUAAGUUGCGGCUGAAGUUCGAUUUACAAUUUCAAUCGUCAUCCGACGAUGGUAGCGAUCUUAAUAUUGAAAAUUCUGAGAAUGUUGAAGAUUAUGUUGGGAAUUUGAAGAUAAAGAAACAGUCCGAUCAAGAAAAUCAAGAAACAAUCGCCAAUGCUGAAUUCACAGAUCAAGAUCGUAGUGAAAAAGUUUAA